UACUGCAUCGAGAGACUGGUAGAUGGUGUGGUUUAGUUGGGGAAUAUUGACAGAAAACCCGUGAACCCCAACAAAACUCCUAAAAAGGACUAUUUUGCCUCCAAGUCAUCGGAGGUGACUAUGGCGCACGCCGGGACUCUCCGCGCGUCCGUGCUGCUGAUUUUACUGCAGUUAGUCCUGGUCAUCUCUGCACAGAGGGGGCCAGUCGGUCCAAGAGGGUCGCCUGGACCUCCAGGGCUUCCUGGGUUUUCUGGAGUUGACGGCAUUGAUGGUGAGAGGGGUCCUGGACCCGGCCCUGUCGGCCCCCCAGGCCUUGAUGGGGACAAUGGCAAAGAUGGAUUAAAUGGCCUUCCGGGAAAACCUGGAGCGGAUGGUUUGACUGGGCCCCGUGGUGUACCUGGCCCUGUUGGCCCUCCUGGACAGAAAGGUGAACCGGGUGAGCCAGGACUAAGAGGAGCCCCUGGUGUUGGCGAGGAUGGUGAAGCUGGUGCUGAUGGGGAAGAUGGAUUACCUGGAGAGCUGGGCAAAGUUGGACCUCCUGGAAGUCGUGGACUGAGAGGUCCUGUUGGUGCGCAAGGACUGCCAGGGCCCAGAGGCCCUCCUGGAGUCUGGGAUGGGAAGGAGUUGUGUCCAAAUGCCUGUACUUCUGGCCUGAAUGGUUACACAGGUCUCCCUGGCAUGAAGGGUCACAAAGGUGUCAAAGGUGAAUCAGGUGAACCAGGAAGGCAAGGACAUAAGGGAGAAGAAGGAGACCAGGGAGCACAUGGAGAGCCGGGUGCACAAGGAUUACCUGGUCGGCAGGGUUUGAGAGGAAUCACAGGGAUGAUGGGCCCUAAAGGGGACAGGGGAGCUCGUGGGAAUGUUGGCGACCUGGGCUCUCAGGGUAUUCAGGGUGCUCCUGGUGAUCGGGGCCAAAGAGGAAAAGUAGGUGAGACUGGACCAAAAGGAGCUCAGGGAACUCUGGGGUUGCAGGGACUUAUGGGUCUUCCUGGACCGAAAGGAGAAGCUGGUUUGCCUGCAGUUGAUGCUCGUGACGGUAUUCCAGGACUGCCUGGAGUAAAGGGUCUUCCUGGGAAAGUUGGCUCACCUGGUGACGCUGGACUUCAGGGAUUUCCAGGCUUGCCAGGAAUUUCAGGAGCAAAAGGCCACAUGGGUGGAAAAGGAAAUACUGGUGAUCCAGGUGUGGCAGGUCUGAUUGGAAAUAAUGGGAAAACAGGUGAACGUGGUGAGCAGGGAGAAAUGGGACCAGUCGGGGCAAGAGGUGGGCCAGGUGAGAGAGGAGUAAGAGGUCCAGGUGGGCCUGCAGGCUUGCCAGGUGCAAGGGGAUCUAAAGGAGAUCCGGGCCUCCCUGGCCUCCCAGGGCCCGCUGGCUUCAUUGGGCAGAAAGGCGACAGGGGUGCUGUUGGUCUCACUGGUCCAAAAGGAGAGCAAGGACCAUCUGGUGAAGAGGGAACACCAGGAGACAAAGGAGAUGUUGGUGAACAGGGGGAGCCAGGCGAGAAAGGAUCGACUGGAAAACCAGGGGACGCAGGAAAUAAAGGGCCAGAGGGUGGACGUGGCCAACACGGACCCGAAGGCCCACCAGGAGAGCCAGGUCCAAGAGGCAUGCAAGGAGACAGAGGUGUACCUGGACUGGCUGGGACACAGGGACGAUCAGGCCGAGCACCAACAGAUGAACACAUCAAGCAGGUCUGCAUGAGGGUUUUGCAUGGACAGCUUGCCCAGUUGGCAGCCAGUCUGACGAGGCCUGAGUCGGGCAUCUCUGGGUUGCCAGGUCCUCCUGGUCCCCCUGGCCCUACAGGGCCUGCUGGAGACAAUGGCUUCCCUGGGCAUCCUGGAAGCAGAGGACUGCCAGGUCUCAAAGGGCCCCCAGGUCUUCUGGGGAGGAAAGGACCCAAAGGUGACCAAGGUGACAGGGGAGAUAGAGGGCCCACACUGGAGGGGUCUAAAGGUAUACCUGGACCACCAGGGCUCCCAGGUGAGCCUGGUAAUCCAGCAUAUGGCAGUAAUGGCCGUGAUGGCCUGAGAGGACCAACAGGUGUUCCUGGAAUGCCAGGUGUGCCGGGACCACCCGGCCCCCCCGGCCUGAACGGAUACUGCGAGUCAUCUCAGUGCGUACUUCAAGCAGUUGCAGGUCCACUGUCCGUCAAAGAUUCCAACAUGAAGGGACCAGACGGUCUAUGAGCUGACAGCCAUCAGCGAGCCACACAUCAGAGCCCAGCGUCUCUGGACAGGGAAAUUUGAGAGACUAAUGGAGUGACUCCCUCUACGAGGAGAUUUCUGUGUCGAUGGUAUAUGCAGGUGUGAUUGUUCUUAUCAAACCAGGUGUGAAGUUGGAUCCGGUUCCCAGUCUCAUUCAGGCCC